GCCAACCGCCAAACUUCUCUUUCAAAACUCAGUCGCCGAACCUAACUCAGCCUAUAAAUCCUUCCCACAGCCCGACCCAUUUGACCAUAGCCCAAUCCACUCUUCUCCCAUUGACCUUUCACGUUCCAACAAAUCUCAGUCCUCUAUUUAUUUCCUCUCGGCACCUCCCGCCCCAUCCGACCUUAUAAUCUUCUGUUCCUCCGUUGACCAUUCUCUCUCUGUCUCUCUCUCUCUUCCUCUCUCUUCCAUGGAUCGGAGCUACCCUCCGCCCACCCACGACUACUCGCCGCGGCGACAGCUCCAGCUUCAAGGCCCGCGCCCAGCCCCUCUCCGCCUCAGUAAAGACUCUCACAAGAUCAGAAAACCCCCGCCGGCUCCACGAGAUCCCGUCAUCAUCUACACCAUCUCUCCCAAAGUCAUCCACGUCGACCUCGCCGACUUCAUGGGUCUCGUCCAGCGACUCACCGGACCGGAAAACGCCGGCCCAGCCGACCAACCCUUCUCUCCCGCCGCCAAACUGGCCACCAUACAAAACGCCACGGUUCAGGCCCGGCCCAUCCACCGGCCCGCAGACGUCGACGAUCUCGACCAGCUUGUGAUGAGCCGGCCGACACCUAACCCGGGGAUUCUGUCACCAGUUCCGGCUUCGCUUCCGCCCGUAUCACCCUGUUUCUUUUCACCGUCCUACCUCGAACCUAGCUUCCUAAAUUUCUUGCACGACUUGAGCCCGGUUGGGUUGCUCGGCAGCCGGCCAUCUCCUGCUGCUCCUCUCAUCUCCACCGCCGGCGCCGCCGCCGGCAACUUGUUCGGCGUCAGCCCAGGUAAGUUCCUGUCAACUCCUUUGAUCCCUUCUCCAGGAGCAGCUAUCUGGGAUCUCUUUAAACAGUUCAAGGAUACUUAGAAGAACAAAAGGAAGAAAAGAAUUGAUUUUCAUGGUAGGGUAGGAAGAUGGAAGAUCUGAAAAGCAGUUGGGAGAUAAUUUAUGAUACUUUAUCCCUGGCACACUAGCCAGGAAGGUUCUUUUCAUAAUUAAUAUUAUUAUUAUUAUUAUUAUUAUUUUCACGAGCUUGCUGGUUUUUGGAUUAUCUUCCAUGUUAGUUGGAUAACAUUAUGGAUAUCAAUGCAUUUAUGAAAUACAUUUGUAUGAUUCAAUGUUAUCUUACUCGCAGAAAGAAAUGUUCAGAUUGUAA